AUGUCGUCGAACCCCAGACGGAAUCUAGAGUCACAACUCCGACAACUUGACAUCGACUUGCCGCUGCACAGCACGCCCGCGAACACCACAUCACAAAGUAUUGGCGGGGCAGCGGCUGCAGCUCGACUGGGUAUCAAUAAUGCAACAGCUAUGUCGGAAUCCCUCCCGGCAGACGAUGGCAUGCGCCAUUUGCGCGCGCGCAUGCAUGAGAUCAGAGACUUGACCGUCGACGAUGAAGAGAAAGCACGCAUGAUGCACACCUUGAUGACGGAACGAUACAACUUCCUGCGCCCGCAGUCUCCCAGUAGCUUCAUAUCCAACGACCGACCGUUCACUCCCACAUCCGGCCAGUCCAUAUUCUCAGAAGUCCACCCGUCCUCACCAGAGUCCCUACAUACCGAGAUCGAUCCAGACAACCCCUUCAAUAUACGCCCAGGAGACACCGAUCCGUCGUAUAGAGUAAAUCCCCAAGAGCAGAGUGUGGACCACAUUGGAGAGGACGAGGAUCAUGACACGGGGGAUGAUGGCCCUUCGCUUGGAUGCGAGCAUUACAAGCGCAAUGUGAAAGUGCAAUGUUUUCACUGCCGUCGUUGGUAUUCUUGUCGGCAUUGCCAUGAUGCCGUCGAGGAUCACAGUUUGAACAGACGGAAGACUGAGAACAUGCUCUGUAUGCUAUGCGGAACGCCCCAAAAGGCUGCUGAGAAUUGCAUCAACUGCGAGAUGCGUGCGGCGUAUUAUUACUGCGAUAUCUGCAAGCUUUGGGACGACAACAGCAGUAAGAAGAUAUACCACUGUAUUGACUGUGGAAUCUGCAGGAAAGGGGAGGGGCUGGGUAAGGACUAUAUCCAUUGCAAACGGUGUAAUGUCUGUAUAUCCAUCUCUCACGCCAGCUCCCAUAAAUGUCUCGAGCGGGCUACUGACUGCGAUUGUCCAAUCUGUGGCGAAUAUCUUUUUAAUUCUUCAAGCGCGGUCGUUGCGAUGCCUUGCGGGCAUUAUCUGCACAAGGGGUGUUAUAAGCUGUAUAUGGAGACGGCAUAUAAGUGCCCCAUGUGCAAGAAAAGUGCCGUCAACAUGGAAUUGCAAUGGCAGAAGCUCACCCAGGCAAUCGAAAGCCAGCCGAUGCCCGAUCAGUUCACGCACACGAGAGUCAUCAUUCAGUGCAACGACUGCUCUGCGAAGUCUUCGGUCAAGUACCAUUGGCUAGGGAACAAGUGCAACACUUGCGAUUCCUACAACACGAACGAACUCCGUGUUCUGAAUGGACCAGAGAGCGAGCAAACCGCCAAUGCCAUUCUCGAAGCCGACGAGAAAUCGGGAUCUAGGUCGCCCGCAAGCGUGAGCUCUCCCGCAUCAAUACCUCUACGAUCACCUCGCUACUAUUUCACGCCCGACCAGCCAGAGGAAACCUGGCUCCCAGGACAACUCCCUUCAUUUCCUUUCCAAAUGCCUCAACUUCCUGGCAUGCCCCAAUUACCAGGCAUGCCACAGUUCCCGGGGAUGCCUCAAAUGCCCCAGAUGCCACAGAUGCCACAAUUCCGGGGGAUGCCCCAGCUCCCGCCAUUCCCCCAAAUGCCCGACCCCUACGAGCUCAUGGAACGAGUUAGCAAGUCCUUCUCCCCCUUCCGGAACUAUCUCAACACCGCCGACCUGGACUCAGAGCCGAGUGGACCCAUCAUCGACCUGGGCGAUGCACGCCCAGAAACUCGAGCCACCGACGGUUCCACCGUUCGGCAGCCAUCACUUCCACAAUACGUUCUCGAGCGCUUCAGUAGAUCGCUUUACAAUUACCUGAACAAUGAGUCGUUGGACGAAAUACCUAGACUAGAUCUAUCAGACAGUCGGGACGCCGACGCAUUUCAAACGCACAGAAGUAGACAUGGGAACAACAGAGAUGAUAGAUAUAUGUCCGGAGACGAGGACGAUGACAGUAGUAGCGACGAGAGCAUGGAUGACAGGGAGGACGAUGAAGAUGACGAGGCAGACGCCGAUGGCGACGACAAAGAGUUCGAUCUUCCAGGGCAUCCAUAA